AUCAUGAUAAUGCUGCAACAUUCGCUUCUCUAUAGUUUCCCGCCGCACGAGCAGCAUCACCUAUCGUUGAAUGAUAAACAACAGCUGGAUAUAGCUCCACAAUGAUCAUCUCAGUCGAUAUCAGUUUCGCACUUGCCAGACCUCCAAUUAGAGGUAUUGGAGGGCAUGCUGCCGAGGGCGCCGAAGUCGCUAUGCGAGGCGAUCCCAGUUUGUUCGGUAGCUGAGGAUCGAAGCCCCGGCGCUGUAAUGGGUAACCGGCAGAUGAAUUAUCGCCGAAAAGUCAACUUACAGACCAGAUACUGAACUAUCUUUUCUCCGUUGGACUAAAACGACGAUGGAUAUAACACUAACUCCUUCCGAUGGCGUAGUUGAGUCGAGAGGCAUGGUGCUUACUGUACAGAACACGGCAUGUCUGCUGGCAGCCAGCUGCCCGCCAGCUGCCGCACCCAAGACGGGCCCACGCGCCAGGUGUCGGCCGCGCUGCGCCAGCUGCCCAAUUGGCCACGGCGACGUUUUAUUUUAUUUUGUUGGAGGAGGCUAUCAACAUCGCAACAGCAACGCAUGCCGGGUUGUUUCUGCAGUCUUCCGUCGUCUUUUGUGAAGAGCAGCUAGCUCAUCGUCCGCUCCUUUAAUCCAAAAUACAAAUUUUAGGACAUCGUGAAGAGAAACCGACACAGCAUCCUACGCAAUCGCCCCUUAACCCGCGCAUUUCGGAAAACCACUCGCAUCCGUUCUACGCACCGGCUAUUAAUCGAAACUACGAUUCUUCGAUACGAGACAGUCGAUCUAGAGUCUUUCGACACCUAUACAUAGAGUUUAGCGCGCUCCGAGACAGUCAUGGGGGCCGCUACCGCCGCCGAUGGCACUCCCCGGCUCUCGCGCCAAGAGACGUUGACUCUCUUGACGAUUUCCGGGGCUGCGCUUGCAGUGAUUGCAAACACGUUCCAGGGCGAUGGCGAGCCGCUUAUUGCGUCUCUUGCCCUGUCCUUUGCCGCGUUUGCGCUCUGCUAUGCCAUGAUCCGUUGGCUGGGGCCAACAUUCAUGAAGGCUGGCUUCCGUGGCCGGGACUUGAGCAAGACCAACAAAAUUGAGAUCCCGGAGUGUAUGGGCGCUGUCUGCGCAGCAGUGUAUUUGCUGACAAUCAUCGUCUUCAUUCCGUUUCCCUUCUACAAAGAUAUCGUGGCUGCCACCAGCGGUGGUGGUAACCGUGAUGUUGUUCUCGAGGUUGAACAUGUCAACGAGGGCCGCUUUCUGCAUCGCUUCCCGCAUAACAAGCUCGCAUCUUAUUUGAGCGCUAUUAUUUCAUUGCAAACGAUUGCACUUCUUGGAAUCGGCGACGAUCUCUUUGACAUCAGAUGGCGCCACAAGUGGUGGAUUCCCGGUCUGGCAGCCAUUCCGAUUCUGGUUGUCUACUUUGUCGACUUUGACGUUACCAGCAUCGUCAUCCCUGUACAGCUCCAGCCCUACUUGGGAGAGUUGUUCGAUCUGGGCCCGUUGUACUACUUAUACAUGGCUUGUAUUGCUAUGUUCUGCCCGCAAAGCAUCAACAUGUUGGCGGGUAUCAACGGUAUCGAGGUUUCCCAAUGCGUGGUCAUUGCACUGCUUCUCGCUUUCAACGAUUGUCUUUACCUAUUGACACCGUACCCGCACCCCGCUACAGACUCGCAUCUGUUCUCACUCUACUUUCUACUCCCAUGGAUCGGCGUGUCCUGCGCACUCCUCUUCCAUAACUGGUACCCGGCCCGCGUCUUCGUUGGCGAUACGUAUUGCUAUUUCUCUGGCAUGAUCUUUGCCGUUGUGGGUAUCUUGGGCCAUUUUUCGAAAACCCUUGGCCUUCUUCUGGUUCCCCAAAUCUUCAACUUUCUCUACUCAACCCCCCAAAUCUUUGGCCUCGUGCCGUGUCCGCGCCACCGGUUGCCCAAGUUCAAUGCUCGUUCCGGCCUUCUCGAGCCAUCAGUCACGCCAUGGUCGCCCGAAAGACAGCCUCACCCACUCAUUGGACAGGGCCUCACUCUGCUAGGCAAGCUGCAUCUUCUCCAGGUCACCAAAGACGAGAAGGGCCAGUUCAUCGAGACCAGCAACUUCACCAUUCUCAACCUUUGGCUGGUGUGGCGCGGCCCCUUGCGCGAGGAUCGUCUUGCAUGGGAGAUUACUGGUCUGCAGGCCGCUGUUGGCUUGUUGGGCUUGUUUGUCAGACACAAGCUAGCGUUACUAGUCUUUAAGGAAGACAACUGGGGUUCUACGGCACAGAUGUAAACCGACGGUUAUAGCAAUGACAGCCUAGAUUUCUACAAGAACAUAUUCACGACCGCAGGACGGUGCUCAUAGUUUAGUUCUCAAAUAUCAACUUUAAUCCAUCACGAAUAUAUCAGGAGAGAAGUUAUUACAGAAUCUUUAAAUCUUCGUUCAUUACGGUAACACCGUAGCCUUUCCGCCUUCGACUAAGUAGAGGUAUAGUAGAACAAACAAUGAAAAAGGACGCCUAGUCCAGUAACAGAUAAUAAGAACCUUAUAAAUACACAACAAAAAGACGGAGCGGGUGCUCAAACAACAAGCCAAAAACAACAACAGAAUUCUGCGGAUAGCCGGUGGCAAGUUCCCCCCAAUCGUUCUUCUCUUUUUUUGCAACCCUGAUAUUCCCAAGAAGCGCCAGUCCGUAAUCUGUCCCACAUAAAAGCCACCCAACGCCAGUGUAAAACAAAAACAAAAAUAAGCAAAGCAAGCAUAUAUAACACAGGACCUUCGUAGUGCGACGUCUCAUCUCUGGCUGGUUCCCCCAGCUCGUCGCCCAUUUGUUAAUAAGAAAUGCUACUCCAUCAUGAUGUGCCGUUGGCGACGAUAGGUUGAGAUUGGGUCUCCUCCGCCUUUUCAGUAGUAGCAGAAGCAGAAUCGGCGUUGGCUUCGGUCUUCAUGUCGUCGGGGCUGGACAUGCUUUGUUUGAGUUGACCUGGGCCGCUGCCACCCUUCUUCAAUCUACUCUUGUAAUCACUCAAGCUUAGCUUCUUCUUGAUCGGGCUAGGGUUCGCCAACACGCCGUUGAGAGAGGCGUUGGAGAAUGGGCUUGGCAACGGGUUACCAGGGAAUGGUGAUUGAGCAACUGAGCUGGUGGCCGAGAGGGGAGUUGUAGUAAUAGUCGCGCUCAACACUGCAGCAUUGUCGAAUGUUGGAGGUGGUGGCAACUGAACGUGCAAGUCGGGCGUUGUCUUUGCCUUGAUCUUGACUGCUUGCUCGUUUAGCACCGUUGGGGCAACAUCCAUCAUUGGCGUAUCCUGAGACCCAGUACCGGCCUCCGAUGUCGUUGUCGCUGCUUGUGGUGGUGCUGCAACAACGUCAACAUCCAUUGCAAUUGUAGCUGCUGGAAGAGAUGCCAUCGACUUGCGACGUUCCUCCUCUUCGGUCUUAAUGCGAAGGCGGCUGUUGAGCAACCUCCUGGAUAAAGAAAUAACUCGUUUCUUAGGUCCGUUGUCACACAUGGGGGUGCUGAACCACUCUCCCUCAACAGGGUCGGUCUGGAUGGCGGCAUCACAGUAUUGAGGGCGGGCAGGACCAACUGAGGUUUGCCUUGAUCGCGGGGCUGAAGCCUCUCUCUUUGGCACAGCAGCGGUUCCCUUGAAAGCGCCUGACGGGAGCUGGGGGGAUCGAGUACUGGCUGGAGAUCCAGAUUUGCUUCUAGAUGUUCCCGCGUCAGUAUAGCCAGCGCGAGGCUUGCCAAUCUUGCUUGAAGGGGCUCCAUCUGACACCCGCUUCUUCUUGCGAGGUGGCUGCUGUUGCUCCAUGCGGCGGAAUGAGUCCUCUACCAUGGCAACCUUGCGCUUGUCUCUGUCGGUCUGCUCUGUCAAGAUGCCAAGCUGGUCAAAAGACCCUUGUCGACCUGGGGUAUUGUCUCGGCUGCCAGGCUUGCUUUUUGCCGAGGUGGAGUCGUGAUUGGCUUCGCUUUCGGUAAGUUCGUCAACAUGGCCUUCGCUGGCAGCACGGCUAUUUGUGGCGUGUCCAGUGCUGGUGGGAGAUACUGUGUGGUUGCGAGAGCGUCUUUGCUUCUUCUUGAUGCUCCUUGCUUGGUUCUUGCCAUGAAGGUAACGUCGGUGGAAGCGUGCGAAAGCGCAGUUGUUCUCGAGCUCGCAAGCGCAACCACCAUAUUCUGACAAGAUACGAUCGAUCCAGUUCGAUAUGGCGUUGUACUCUGCAUUGUCAAGUUCUGGGCUCUCUUGGGUAGUAUCCUCAUCGCUCAAGCCGAGGAAGCGAAGCCAUCGAGCGCAGACUGACUUUUCUAAACGAAAGUCCCACGGCAGUGUGAUUUGCUCAUUAGCAGCAAUGUGUCUGUCAGAGACGAUCCAAAAGUGAUACUCGGAUCCGCCUGAUAAGUAUGUAUCGAGCUGUGCAUUAGGCUUGCAGCUGCGUCGCACAUAACGAGCGCGGGAGCCUUCCUUUCUAGUGUCGAUGUAGAGCGGGAGAACAGGGUGGAAGAAAACGAAGGGGAGGGGAGAGGAGAGGUCGGUCCAUAAAUUAUCCUGGUCAGUACAGUAAUCUUUUUGGAAUCCAAUUGCGCCGUUGAGUUCGAUGAGCGGAACAUCCUUCUCGACAGCGGCUGUGGAUUGAAGGAAUCGCCAGCGAAGCGUAUUGUCAGAGUCUAACGAACGAGUGGCGUCUGCAACCUUGAGCUCCGGUCGCUCGCCUUCGAGCGUCGCCGGCUCGUCUUGAAAGACUUCUUUGUGUGUUCUGCCCACCUCCUGCUUCAUGACUUCGGGCUCAUGGAGCCAACGAGCCAGCGCUGUGGGGAUCGCUAUGCUAGCAAACGAGUUGUUCUCUGUCUGCGGGACUUCUUGCUCGUUGUAGAGAGAGUAAAAGCCAGCGGAGUAGUGGUGUAUUUGGAAAUCAUCAGGGAGAUCAGGAGGGGUCGUGGCAGGGCUAGGGGGGUGGGCGGGGUUAAUGCGCACGUUUCCUUGCGAAGGACUGCGCUUGGGAGCUUGAGAGCUUGUAGAUUGUGUAGGGCGAUGGCCAUUUUUCUGCUUCUUUGCCGGAUUGGAGGUGCUGUCCAAGGGGCUCGGGUGCUUGGAAGCGUCGGUACCGUUGAGCUGCAGAUCGGCCGGUUUCGUCUUUUUCUUUGCGGUUUUCGUGGGCGGUCGCUUCGGUUUUUUGUCGCCACCUGGAGUAUCGUCAUCAAGACCAACGCUCUUUAGACGGAGAGUUCGCUCGAUGGCCUUUUGUCGGUUCAGGGGACGCGGUUUGCAGUCAGCACAAGAGUGUGCGAAGUCUUCGCGGGUCGCUUCCUCCCUGUUGUUUGGGUAGAAGCAGUCCAAGUGCUGCCAUGUGUCGCAGGUCUCGCAGUAGAUUGUAUUUCCAUCAUCGUCAGUAAAGUUGCAGAUACACUUGAUUGUGUAGGGCUCUUCGUCUGCCGUGUCAUCCUGGUGCGAGGAUUCGUCCUUGACGACGGUGGGACCAGGAGACGAGGCAGUGGGCUGACUAGGGACUGCGACUGGCGUUGGCAGCGAAGCCACCUUUUCCGUCAUAAUCAUGGGGGCCUCGAGGGUGUAUUGUCAGGUUAGGAAGGCGUCGGGUCGUGAGAUUACGUGCGAAGUCUGGGAAGCAUGGCGACGCCAGAAGGGACGCGCGCAAGGUUUACGACGUGCAACGGACUCGGGUAGGAGUCAGAAUGUAGCCUCGAGUGUCGAAGCGGCGCCUACAGGUUGGGGAUGACCGUAGAGUCACGAUGUUUGGCUGGCGCGAGGAGCGAACCAAAGUGGGCGCAGAAGGGUAGCGGUGUCGCGCGGCGCUGUAUUAAAUUAUUUUUUUCGGUAACGUGUUUCUGCUGCUCUCGGCUGCAAAUAUAAGGCCACUAGAGCACGUCUGAGGCCUUGUUGGGGUUGUGAGUUGAGUUUGAAGGAAACGAGGGCCGAGGGACAAUCUGCGAGAGAAACUCCUGGGCGAGGACUCGUGCGCGUCGAGAGUCGUACCGGGGCAAGGGCGUCGAGAAAAAGCCAGCAGGGGGCGAAAGAAGAAUGGGAGAGUAUCGAGAGGAUUUAAAAAAGAAAUACGAGCCGCGUAAGCGUAGAAUCGAAAGGGGGCGUUAGAGAGCGAAGAAUUAAAAGGCAGAGGAGGAAGAAGGAGGAGGGAAAAAGGUCGAGGGCGACUGGAAGGAUGGGGGAGGAGGAGGAGACGCCAGUUCUGGGGGCGGGCGAAGAGUGAGCGAUUGAGGAAAGGCUCU